AUGGCAGAGAUCCUAGGUCCCAACGGCGUCGUGCAAGCGGAUUCUCCGCUCCCCAUUCUUAUCGUCGGAUCCGGAAGCACAGGACUUGCCCUGGCACAGGGUCUUCGGAAGCAUAUGUCAUUGUGUCAUGGCUUGUUCCAGCAACAUCCUAAUCCAGCCGACGUCCUGUUCGUCAAUUACACGUCGUCUUUUUGCCUCGCAUUUGUCGCCCCAAUUUGCGGUUUGCAGCGUCUGCUAAGCGGUGAAAAGGCAGGGAUAAAAUGUGUCGUCUUCGAGAAGCAGCCGGAGCAGGCGAGGGAAAGAGACUGGAAUAUGGGGUUACAUUGGGGCGCCCUUGUGCUCAAGACCUUGAUGCCGGAUGAGUGGUGGUCACGCAUCCAGUCUCUCCAGGUGGAUCCUCAUGUCCCUACCAAAGACGAGGAUACGUUGGCCUUCAUUCACGGCACGACUGGCGAGAGAAUGAACGCAUUCACGUUUGGUCCUUUUUACCGUCUGCGGAGAAGUAAAUUGCGAGAGCUCCUGUCACAAGACCUGGAGGUCCAGUGCAGCAAACACCUCUCCGACAUCACGUACGCAGAAGACGGCAACUCCGUCACAGCACACUUCGCGGAUGGAACAUCUGCCACCGGAAAAAUGCUCGUCGGUGCAGAUGGCGCACGCUCGAGCACCCGUCGGUGUCUUUUAGGCUCUGAAGCUGGCGCCAUCCAUCGCAUCCCCUAUGCAGCCACAUUCGUGCAAAUGCGCUUUACCAAGGAGCAAGCCCUCUACCUCCGCUCCUUCCACCCGCUCUACCUUGCAACCGCCCACCCUGGAAACUACUUCGCUUUCUUCGGCAUGCACGACGCCGUCGACCCUAAUGACCCUUCUUCUUGGGUCUUUUUUUUUUACAUCUCUUGGCACUCAUCUCUUGAAGAGCAAGACGCCACUGCUAAUUGGACUGAUGCUCAGCGUCUUGCCCAACAGAAAGAUUUCGCAAAAACCUUCUGCGAUCCGUGGAAAUCCGCAUACGAAUGGACGCCUGACGACGCUCCUGUCUGGCAUCUCGGGCUCACGGACUGGGAUCCGGGAUUCGAGGGCCAUCGAUGGGAUAAUCAUGCGGGAUUGGUAACCAUGGUGGGGGAUGCGGUGCAUCCAAUGACUUAUCAACGGGGACAGGGCUUGAACCACAGUAUUACUGAUGCGGGAAAGCUUCGAGAUACAAUUGUUAGGAUCAAUGAAGGGGGAGAUAGGAAACAGUUGGUGACCGAGUUUGAAGAAGAGAUGAUUGCACGAGGAGGGGACGAGGUUAGGACUGGGACAGCGAAUACAAUACUACUACAUAAUUGGGAGAAGGUGAUGCAGAGUCCUUUUUUUCAGAAGGGAUUGAAGAAGAAUCAUUAG